GCAUUGUUGUGUUGGGGGUCGAGCUACGCUAGAGCUACGCCGCUCAUUCAGCUCCUGCUCUCCGCGGAGGCACCACGGCGACUCCCCACCACAACAAACCCGUGAACGAGCCGUUAAACCCCUACCGUCAGAUCCCCUGCUUACACGCACGGAUUUGAAUGUUUGAAUGCGGAACUUUGCGGUCGUACAAGCCGCUCUGGGAGCCUCCGUUUUUCGUUAAUCUCCGAAAACAUCGCGGAAUCGCCCGUCGGAUGAGAACAUUGUGUUCGGUUCAGGCCGUACCGCCGUCGCCUUUUGCAGCUACUGUCUUUCCCCCACUAGCAUAAGUGCUUACAAAUCCGAGCAACACGGAUCGCCACCAUGAGGAAGAAAGCUCGGUACCACCGGGUCCCCGUGCCCCAGCGGCCGCCGUCUCCCAUCAUGCCCUCGCCCAACAAGCAGAUCCUCACCUACGCCCAGGCGCAGCGAAUGGUGGAGAUGGAGAUUGACGGGCGGGUGCACCGCAUAAGCAUCUACGACAAGAUGGGCGUGCUUUCGGACGACGACCCCACGGCCCAGGAGAUGCUGGAGUGCACGAGCAACAAGGAGAACGCGGACAAGCCCCCGCCGCAGGCCCCGCUGCGCUCGGUCCGUCUCAAGAACAGCCAAGAGAAGAAGAACGCCGCUCUGGGCGUCACCGCCACGGCGGCGGCGGCGGCCUCCCAUGGGGACAAGCCCGGGAACCACGGCCCCCACAGCGGGGCCUGCCCCAAGAAGCUCCCGGAGCCCAAGUUCCGCACGGUGGAGUACAACCUGCCGGCGGUGCCCCGCCGCCCCGCCGCCUUCUACGCCUUCGAGGAGAAGACGGAGGAGGAGCUGGACGAGGAGACCGAGUACGACAUGGACGAGGAGGACUACGCCUGGCUGGACCUGGUCAAUGACAGGCGCCGCGGCGAGGGCGCCAGCCGCGUCUCCUACAACGUGUUUGAGUUCCUGGUGGACCGCUUCGAGAAGGAGGCGCACCAGGAGAGCCAGGGCCAGGAGCAGGUGCCCGUCGACGAGGACGCCGUGUGCUGCGUGUGCGCCGACGGCGAGUGUCACAACGGCAACGCCAUCCUCUUCUGCGACGCCUGCAACCUGGCGGUGCACCAGGAGUGCUACGGCGUGCCCUACAUCCCCGAGGGCCAGUGGCUGUGCCGCCACUGCCUGCUGGCGCCUGGCACGCCGGCGGCCUGCGUGCUCUGCCCCAACACGGGCGGCGCCGUCAAGCGCACGGACGACGAGCGCUGGGGCCACGUGGCGUGCGCCCUCUGGGUGCCCGAGGUGGGCUUCUCCAACACCACCUUCAUCGAGCCCAUCGACGGCGUGCGCCACAUCCCGGCGGCCCGCUGGAAGCUGACGUGCCACCUCUGCAAGCGCAAGGGCGCCGGGGCGUGCAUCCAGUGCCACCGCGCCAACUGCUACGCCGCCUUCCACGUCAGCUGCGCCCAGAAGGCGGGGCUCUUCAUGAAGAUGGAGCCUGUGAAGGAGGUGACGGAGAGCGGCGAGCCGGCCUUCUCGGUGAAGAAGGUGGCGUACUGCGGCGCGCACACGCCCAGCGGCGGCGCCCGGAAGCCCCUGACGGUGUACGACGCGGUCACGGCGCCCCGGAACGGACUGUGUAAGAAGGAGGAGCAGGGGGCUAGACGGAGCCGGCGGUCGAAAGGGAAGCGGCCGCAGCCGCAGCAGCAGCAGCAGCAGCAGCAGCAGCAGCAGCAGCAGAGGAAGAGCAAGAAGAGUAAAAAGCCGGACGUGAAGGUGGAGGAGGUGGAGGGGGAGGUCGCCACUCCUGCCAACGCGCCUAGCUUCCCUCUCCAAAGGCUACAGAGCAUCCUGAACCAGGUGUCCAUCCAGAAGAAGAAGGCGUUUGUGCAGCUGGUGCUGAACUACUGGACCCUAAAGAGGCAGGCGAGGAACGGGUUGCCUCUCAUCCGCCGGCUGAAGACCAGCACUCAGUCCCCGAAGACAGUUCAGCAGGGCCACCAGAAGCAGUGCGAGGAGGAGAGCCGGGCCCUCAAGGAGCAGCUGAAGGAGUGGCAUCGCCUGCGCCACGACCUGGAGCGAGCCAGGCUACUGCUGGAGCUCAUCCGCAAGCGGGAGAAGCUGAAGAGGGAGGAGAUGAAGCUGCAGCAGACUCUGUUUGAGCUGCAGCUGACGCCCUUCAGCCUGCUGCUCGGGGCCCUGCUGGAGCAGCUGCAGGAGAAGGACCAAGCCCGGGUGUUCGCCCAGCCCGUGGACGUCGGCGAGGUCCCGGACUACCUGGACCACAUCAAGCACCCCAUGGACUUCUCCACCAUGGCCCGGCGCGUGGAGGCGCAGGCGUACGGCGGCCUGGACCACUUCCAGGCCGACUUCGACCUCAUGGUGGCCAACUGCCUGCAGUACAACCCCCGGGACUCGUACUUCCACCGCGCCGCGGUACGCAUGCGCGACCAGGGCGGCGUGCUGAUCCGCAAGGCCCGACGCGACGCCGAGCGCAUCGGCUUCGACCCCCUCGCCGGGAUCCACCUGCCGGAGGCGCCCAAGCUGGAGCCGGCGCCACCCUUCUCCUGGGACGAAGUGGAUCGCCUUCUGGUGCCGGCCAACCGGGCCCGCCUGUCCCCCGAGCAGCAGCUGCAGCAGCUGCUGGAGAAGCUGGACCUCACCUGCUCCAUGAAGUCCAGCCCGUCGCGCAGCAAGCGGCUCAAGCUGCUGAAGAAGACCAUCAACGACGUGCGCAGCGAGGCCAGCCUCCACCGGGGGCUCCCCGACCACCACCACCACCACCACCCCAAUCCCCAUCACCACCACCACCCCCACCAUCACCAUCACCAUCACCACGCCUCCUCGUCCUCAUCCUCUGCCUCGUCCUCCUCGUCUUCGUCGUCGACCUCUUUGUCGUUGACGUCGCCUCAGCCCGAGGCGGGGAAGACUCACCUGAGAGCCGCGCAGACCAACGGCCACUGUCUCCACGACGAUGGGGACAAGUCUCUCCCCCCCAAGCUGGAGCCUCUGGACUCUAGCCCCCCACCGGUCCACCCGGACGGAGACCCCGGGCCCCCCACCCUCAGAUCCAUCCACGACGGACCCCUCCUCCACCACAAGGCCAACCACCUCCACCACCACCACCACCACCGCAAGGACCCCCCCAAACUGAACCCCAGCAAGAACCCCCCCAAGCUCAAACACAAGGGCGCCCCGGGCCUCCAACCCGAGGACACGCCCAGCCUUAACCACGACGGCCCCCGUGACCUCAGUCACCUGGAGGCCCCCAGCCUCAAACACAACGCCAACCACCUCCAGGACCCCCCCAGCCUUAAACACACCGCCCCCUGCGGCCUCCACCACCAAGACCCCCCCAGCCUCAAACACAGCUCCAACCACCUCCCCCAGGCGGACCCCCACAACCUCAGACACAAGGCCCACCACCUCCACCCGGAGGACCCCCACCACCUCAGACACAAGGCCCACCACCUCCACCAAGAGGACCCCCACCAACUCCACCCGGCGGACCCCCACCACCUCAGACACAAGGCGGACCACCUCCACCACGAGGACCCCCGACACCUCCACCAGGCGGACCCCCACAACCUCAGACACAAGGCCCACCACCUCCACCACGAGGACCCCCACCACCUCCACCCGGCGGACCCCCACCACCUCAGACACAAGGCCCACCACCUCCACCCGGCGGACCCCCACCACCUCUAUAAGGUGGAACCCCACAACCUCAGAAACAAGGCCCACCACCUCCACCACGAGGACCCCCCCAUUCUGAAACACAAGGCCAACCACCUCCAUAACGAGGACCCCCCCAUUCUGAAACACAAGGCCAACCACCUCCAUAACGAGGACCCCCCCAUUCUGAAACACAAGGCCAACCCCCUCCAUAACGAGGACCCCCCCAUUCUGAAACACAAGGCCAACCCCCUCCAUAACGAGGACCCCCCCAUUCUGAAACACAAGGCCAACCACCUCCAUAACGAGGACCCCCUCAUUCUGAAACACAAGGCCAACCCCCUCCCCCACAAGAGCCUCCCCCACGACCAGGCGCCCCGCCUCCACUGCGAGCCCCCCCGUCCCCUCGACGACCGGGUACCCGACAUCAGACGCGGAAAGCCCGACGGCGAGGCUCCUCACCUCAACGGCCACGCGCGGCCCUCGCCCGGCUCCCAGAAUGCCUUGCUGGAGGGCGAGGUCAGCGUGGUGGCGACGUCCACGCUGGCCGAGCCCGUCGGCGCGGUCGGUCGCCGCACCGCCAUCCUCUUCAGGAAGUCCAAGAGGGGCGUGGCUGUGGUGGGCGUGGCACGGGGAGGGGGAGGAGCCGACGGAGGGAAGGAGGCGGGGCCAGGGGGGUUGGCGGCAGAGGGGGCAGGGGGGAUACAGCGGAUCGGGGAGGAGGAGGAGGUGGUGGAAGGGGAGGAGCUUGGGUCCAAGUCCUUCCUGUCCGUGGUGAUCCCGCGGCUGGAGAACCUGCUGCAAGGGAGGAAGAGGAGGAUGAGGAGGAGCGUCGACGGGCGGCUGAGCGAGGAAGACUCGACGGCGGCCGAGGAGGGCGAGGGGGUGUCGCCGGUCAAACGGCUCGACAGAGGUCUGUCGAACGGUUUCCUGGAGGAGGAGGUGGAGGAGCAGGAGGAGCAGGAGGGGGUACAGAAGGAGCUGGGGAACCCCAGGACUCUGGAACCACGGAGACGCUGGGCGUCCGAGUCGUCCAUCUCCUCCAGUAGCAGCCUGUCUGCCUGCACCAGCGGCACCCUGACCCUCCCCCAGUGUGGGAAGGGCAAGCCGGCGCUGGUGCGGCGCAACACGCUGGAUGACAAGAGCCAGAUGAUCGCCUGCAUCGAGACGGGCAACUACGCCCGCGCUGCCCGCAUCGCCGCAGAGGUGGGGAACAGCAGUAUCUGGAUGCCCGCCAGCGCGGCCACGGUAGCACUGGAGCCCCUGACGCUAGUGUGGGCCAAGUGUAGCGGGUACCCCUCCUACCCCGCCCUGGUGAGUCCCCCCCCCCCCCCUGACCCCGACCCCAACCACCCCCCCCCCCCCCCCCCCCACCCCCUGGGGCUGCAGCGCACUAGCACGUUUAUCGGGUUUAGCUUGACCAGCGGCCCGAUCAAAUGUAAGUAUUCAUUUUAAGAAUGGACCCGGGGUCGAGGGUUUGAGUCCGUGAAGCAUCGAGCAGCCAACGGUUGGUGCUCCCACUUGAUGAAGGACUCCAACGAUGGACUUAAUUAAACCAUUAAUUGAUAAGUCGACCAAUUACUAAUUGUUGACUAAUUGUUGCUGCCCUACAGCCCUAGCCCUACUCACCCCCUGGUGUCCUACCUCCUACCCCCUGGUGUCCUACCUCCUACCCCCUGGUGUCCUACCUCCUACCCCCUGGUGUCC